AUGGAUUAUGUGAUCCCCAAGUCCUUGGUGCCCCAUUAUUGUGAGCUGGUUGGUGCCAACCCAAAGCUGCGACCCAACCCUGCCAAGUUCCUGCAGAACUGCUGCGGGCCGGGCGGCUUCAUGGACAACCACUUUGUGGAGACCAACCUCUUCCUGGAGGAGAUCCAGAUUAAGGAGCCUGCCGAGCGGCAGAAGUUCUUCCAGGAGCUCAGCACCCACCUGGACACCUUUCCGGAGGAUUUCUGCCGCCACAAGGUCCUCCCACAGCUCCUGACGGCAUUUGAGUUUGGCAGUGCUGGCGCCGUCAUCCUCACCCCACUCUUCAAGGUGGGGAAGUUCCUGAAUGCCCAGGAAUACCAACAAAAAAUCAUUCCUGUUAUUGUGAAGAUGUUCUCUUCCCCAGACCGGGCCAUGAGGAUCCGCUUACUGCAGCAGAUGGAACAGUUCAUCCAGUACCUGAACGAGCCCACCGUCAACACCCAGAUCUUUCCCCACGUCGUUCAUGGUUUCCUGGACACCAACCCGGCCAUCCGGGAGCAGACAGUGAAGUCGAUGCUGCUUCUGGCUCCCAAGCUGAACGAGAACAACCUCAACGUGGAGCUCAUGAAGCACUUUGCCCGCCUCCAAGCCCGGGACGACCAGGGGCCCAUCCGCUGCAACACCACCGUGUGCCUCGGCAAGAUCGGGCCCUACCUGAAUGCCAGCACGAGGAAGAAUGUCCUGAUAUCAGCCUUCAGCCGGGCCACCAAGGACCCCUUUGCCCCAUCCCGGGUGGCUGGCGUCCUGGGCUUUUCAGCCACCCACAACUUCUUCUCCAUGAGCGACUGUGCCUUCAAAAUCCUGCCCGUGCUCUGCACGGUAACUAUGGACCCAGAGAAGUCAGUCCGGGACCAGGCAUUCAAGGCUAUCCGGAGCUUCCUGACAAAACUGGAAACAGUUUCUGAAGACCCGGCUCAGCUCCCUGAACUUGAGAAGGAUGUCCACGCCGCCUCUGCCAGCCCUGGGGCAGGGGCAGCCGCCAGCUGGGCAGGGUGGGCUGUGACGGGCGUCUCGUCCCUGACGUCGAAGCUGAUCCGGACCAAUGCGGGGGCAGCACAAGCGGCAGAGAACACGCCUGAGGGGACGCCAGCCAGUGCCACGCCAGAGGCCCCCAAAGCAGGGACUGGGCAGCCCCCUGCCCCAGAGGUGAGAGCGCCCCCCUCAUCCAACCAUUGGGACCUGGAGGAAGACGUGACGGAGGAGGACAGCUUGGCUGACCGGUGGGACGAUGAGGACUGGGGCAGUUUGGAGCAAGAGGCCGAGCAGCAAAAGAGACCCGGCAGCUCAGAGGACUGGAACAGCCCGGGAUGGCAGGAACCAGCGUCGGCAGCCAAGAAAAGUGGAGGCAGGACGGUGACCGGCUCCGACUGGAAUGCCUCCGACUGGGAGCUGGAGUCCUCCUGGGGCCACCGGAAGGGGCAGGGCUCCGCGGCGGAGGAGGGCUGGGGCAGCAGUUGUGAAGGGGACCUGACCUCCGGGCUGGCCCCAAAAGCUGCCGUGGCCCCCCAAGAAGGCACCAAGCUGGCCAGCGAGUACAAUUGGGAGUGUGUGGCCACGGCACAGAAGCCAGAUCCCUUUUCUUCUCUAGCGGUGCAGCCAGUGGCAGACAGCCAGAGAAAUACCGAAGUGCUCGGAGACUGGGGCUCAGAAGAAAACUGGGAAGCGCUAGAGUCAGACCAUGGGCCCAGCAAGGCUGAGCUGGCACGGAAGAAGCGGGAGGAGAGGAGGCAGGAGAUGGAAGCCAGGAGGGCGGAGAGGAAGGCGGCCAAGGGACCCAUGAAGCUGGGGGCCAGGAAGCUGGAUUGAUGGCCUUUCUCGUUCCGUUGGGAGGGGCCCCCGUUGCCACUGAAGCUGCCGGAAGGAUUUUCCUUGUCCUUGAAGGAGGUUCUAGUGGAGAGAGACUCCGAAGUCACUCUGCAGUUUGCCUGUUUGGAAGAGGGGGCGGGGGUGUGUGUGAAGUGAACUGUUGCAACCGCUCAUCACCUGCUGGCCAGACCAGAACUGUCCCUGCCGAGAACGGCUCCAACUUUGGCUUCUCCCAUUUGCCUGCAGGUUCCUCCCUGCUGUGGAUAAGACUUGAACUCCAAAGGGAGGGGGGGGGAGGGGGGAGAAGUAAGUGUCUCUGCAUAGAAUAGUUGACUCUGUCCCACUUGUCAGCUGCAGGGUUUUCUGUAGGGAGGAGGGGGGUUAAUUAUUAUUUUUUUGCCUGUCUGAAUGUUCUGCAGUUUUAUUGGUUUACGUGGAAGACGACUCGGAAAAUAAAUUAACUUUUAAGGAGCUAGUAGGGAAACUGUCUGCUGCGGUGCACAGACCAAAACUCCUACUCUGUGCUGUUUCUUGGCUUUUCGGAGCCUUUGCCUCCCGAGGGCAGAAGGGGGAAAACUGCUGGAUGGGCCCUUCUGGGAUUGCCAAAGGCUGUUGGGAGCCCGAGGGUUAGGUACUAGCUCAAGGCACUAUGUGGGUGUGGGACAAUUCAACAGCUUGCAGGUAAGUCUUCCCCCUCCCCCGCCACCAUAAAAUAAUUGGUUUGACCCCUUUGUGUUUAAUUGUUUCCUCCCCAGAGGAAGAAAGGAGCCGUCUGCAAGCUGUGGGUGACUUUUGUUGGGUGUGCGGCUGAGGGAGCAGAUGGACAGCUGGAGGGGGGGGGGCUGUUGGCAGGGAGGGAUCGGUCUGCCUUGCCCCGGCAAGUGACAGCUGUCUCGGAGGUUGUUUUUUUUUUUGCCCCAACCUCAUCCCAACUCGUGCUGGGGUGGUUCUCCCUUCCUCUGUUUAAAAAUACUGCAGAAACUAGAUUAGCUUUUCAAAAAAAAAAAAAACACCCGUAACGCUCU